UGUCAGGAGCGAGUCGUGUGUGCAGUCGACAGUCGAUGGGAACUGGGCAGAGCGGUCGGAACCUCAGAGAUUUCUUCCCCCUUGCCAUUGCCAUUGCCCGCGCGUCGUCUCACACGCUCGCAGAAAGUGAAAAAAGGAGGAAACACGUGCGCGCGUGUUUUUCCCACCGCCACCACCACCAGCGUCGCAUUCUCAUUUCGCAUUCACAAAGGCCGGCCGAGAGUCGGUCCGUGUCAGUCGCCAACGGGCAUCAGUCACAUCAUCAGCGUCCGUCAAUGACACCACCACCACCAACAGUUUAUACGAUUAUUCUUUCAUGUUACGCAAGUGAAUUGCCGCAGUUAUUUAUCAUCCAGUGAUUUGAUAAUUAUCCCGAAACGGUUGAUUUGUCGUGACUCAAUCCCCUCCCGGUCAAAAAAAAGUGUCGAAUGAUGAACUUACUUCAGCACCCUGAUCGUAACAUUCACAUGUCCGCUCCAGGAUUGCUGGGCGGCUUGUUGGCCGCGUCCAGCGGCGUUUCGGGCGUUUCGGCCAACUCGUUGCCGCAGCGGUCGCCGUUCGCCAUUCAGGAGCUGCUGGGUCUCAACACCAGCGGCUCCUCGGUCGGACAUUCGUCGUCGCAUCACGGCCAGGGCGAUCACGGCGUCAGUGGCGGGAGCAGCCAGCAACACGUUUACAGUCACGCCAUGAUCGCCGCCGCUCACCAUCACCACCACCAUCACAGUCAUCAGCACCCGGCGGCCGCCAUGUUCGCCCAUCCGGCCCAUCAGCAUCAGCCGCAUCACCACAGCCAUCACGGCAGUGCGGCCUCGGUGACCGGCGGGAGCCAGCAGUCGGGACAGGGCUCUGAGCUGGCCGGCCAUCACCACCAUCACAACAGCCUGCAGGCCCACCAGGCCCUUUCGGCCCUGUCGGCGGCGGCAGCGGCCAGUUACGCGUCGGCAACGGCGGCGGCGGCGGCGGCGGCUUCGGGCAGUCGUUGCAGCGCAGCGGCGGCCUACAAUUUCACGCACCACCACCAGAAUUUCGCGGCGGCUGCAGCGGCUGCGGCCGCAAUGGUCGGCGACCCUCUGAGCUCCGCCAGCCGGAUGUAUUUCAAUCCGGCGGCUGCGGCGGCGGCGGCUUUCCUCCACCAACCGACGGCGGCGGCCGUGGCAGCCGGAAGUAUCGGCAGCGUUUCGGCCUCGGCUCCCGGCGCGUCGACAGCCGUCGGCAACGGCACGAGUGGCGGCGGCGUUUUCCCGUCGCCAGACAGCGCCGCAAUGCGAUCUGAUACCAACGCUUCAGUCGGCCUAGAAGGACGUGGCGUCGGCGGUGACGGCAGCCAUUGCAACAACUCGAAACUGGACGAGCUGAACGUCAGCGGAGGCGUCGGGUCCAACAGCAACGGAAUCAACGGCGCCAACAACCCCAACCGGAAAAAGAAGAAAAAGAGAAGGCACAGGACCAUCUUCACGAGUUACCAGCUAGAAGAGUUGGAAAAGGCCUUCAAGGAGGCUCAUUAUCCGGACGUCUAUGCCCGUGAAAUGCUCUCACUCAAGACGGACCUGCCCGAGGAUCGCAUUCAGGUGUGGUUCCAAAACCGACGGGCCAAGUGGCGCAAAACGGAGAAAUGCUGGGGACGGUCGACCAUCAUGGCCGAGUACGGACUUUACGGGGCCAUGGUCCGCCACUCGCUGCCAUUGCCGGACACGAUCGUCAAAUCGGCAAAGGAAAACGAAUGCGUUGCCCCCUGGUUACUCGGUAUGCACCGGAAGUCGCUGGAAGCGGCGCAUCAGCUGACGAGCGGCGACGAAAGUAAUAAGGAAGACGACGACGAGAACGGCGGAGGUGGCGGAGGUGGCGGAGGCGGCGGCGGAAGCGGCGAGCGGACGAGAGAUUCGGGAAAUGGGCCCAAUGACGGCGGCGAUCACUCGAGCGGCGACGAGCAGCAACAGUCUGAGAAAAGUGGUCACAUCAUCAGGGAAUCCAUCGGCGGCAAUCAUCACAAUAAGCGCAACAAGCUCUCGCCGAGUGGCAUCCAAUCGGCGGGCGCGGCGGGUCAGCACCACCACGCCGCUCACCUUUCCCACCUUUCCCACCCGCAACACACGCCGACGUCGUCGUCGUCGGAGGCCAGCACCUACAUGGCGAGUUACGCCGCCGCUCAACUCCAUCACGCCAACCGCUCGCCCGUCGACGACUUCCGCAUGAACAGCGUGGCCGAAUUGAGGGCCAAAGCGGCCGAGCACCAGGCCCGAAUCGCCGGCGGAUUCUCAGUCAGCCACCACCACCAGCAACAACUGCAGCACUUGCAGCAACAACAGCAACAACAACAGCAACAACAACAGCAACAGCAGCAGCAAGCGCAGCAGCGGGACGGCGAGUUCCUCAUUUCAUCCGAUUCUUCAUCCUCCUCAUUUUGAAGGACUUGCCAACACCGAAAAUGGACGACUUUUAUACCUUCAAUACGCAGAGAUAUAGAGCCAAAAUAAAGAAAAAUCCCAUUGUGUUUUUUUAGAGUCUAUAAAUAAUGCGACGAGUCAAUAAUUCUCGGCCAACCAGUUUUCAGCCGAUUGGUUUCCGCGCCAUUUGAUGGGCGCAAUGAAACAAUUCGUCAAUGACGAAUGAAGGAACACGGAGAGGAUUCGCCGUUGUUCUUGUUUCCUUUGAUAUUUGCCGAUUAUUCCCUGCACGCAUUGAUAUGCGAUACGUAAUAGUGUGUGUGUAUAUAUUGAUACUAUACCGGGAGAGUGAGUCUGCUGAGAGAAUAUCGCUUUGACCUUCUCUCGGAUAUAUGUUCAACAUCUUUCAUGUCCUCUUUGUAUGGAACGAGUUUGUUUUUUUUACUUUCAUUCCUCCCCACCAUUUUUUGGAUAUUCCACCACAUUCGUAUAAUCUUCGGUCAACCGAACGCGACCCCCAUUGCAUCCCUCACUCGAUAUAGAAUAUGAAUUCAAAUUCAAAUAUUAUUACGGGACUGUAUCUGCCCAUCGCGUAUAUAGCAACUUUUGUACAUACAAAUAUUAUAGGCCUUGGGUACUGGCCAAAAGAGAAACAGGUCGAAAUAAUAAAAAAGAAAAAAAAAAGAAAGUGGCAGGAUCGAAGCGAAACGAUCGUAAAGAGACAACAAAAAUGGAUUCCCCCGUCUGAUUAUCUAUUCCUUUUCGUUCGAUGACGAUUCACCACAAAAUAAUGGCGAAGAAGAAUUCUUUGAUGUUGUGUAAAGUUUUUUUUUCUCCCUUUUGUUUUGACGGUUGUGCCAUGUUAUAUUCAAUAAACCAAGACAGCCCCACCAUUAAAUUUAUAUUAUAGUGCAUACAUAAUAAUCUAUUUGUGUCACUUGUGCGAGUGACCGAGUUUCUGAAAACAACUGGGAAUCGAAAAAAAAUCUGGAAAAUUGUUCAAUUUGUUUCCUCCCCAUCUCAAAAGAUUGCCGAUCGAUUGAUAUUAUUAAUUUCUCAUGGCUCUUAUUCAUCUCUCAGUAUCCCUCUAAUUCUUCAAGAUCCGCUGCUAUAAAUAUUUCAAAAAUCCGCAAAAUGCCAAAGUCCAAUUUUAUUAUCCCCCCCCCCAAGAAAAAAAAAACUUUUUUUUUAACGUGCGUGUUUUAUAUUUACAACCAGAAAAUAUGUAUGAAUGUACAAUUAAAUAUUAUAGAGAGAGAGAAAAAAAAACAGAUUUUGUUUGAUGUUGUUUGACAGUUCUUUUUGGUGACCGCGUUUUCCCCACCCAUCAUACAAAUUCAUAUCCGAACAUUUUGAUGACAUUCUUCACUGACAGACUCUCACAUUUAAUUUAGACACAUGAUUGUGUAAUUGAGAAAAGCAAGUGCGAGGUUUAAACGGGAAUGUGUCUGAUAUGUUUCCUUUUUUUCUAUAUUCUCAUUAUAUGAUGAUGUGAUUCAUCUGUUACAUCGUGCUGUACAUCGUGUUCACAAAUUUGUUUUUCUGUUUUUCCCUAAGUUUCCAAAUUGUUUGUUUGUUUUUGUUUGUAAUUUUUUUUUCCCCAAGAAAACUCUUAUUAUUAUUGGUCGAUUCUUUUGUUCCUAGCGAUUGUAUCACGCGUGUUUGGUCUACAAUAUAAUAUCGUUCCACCGCC